AUGGCUAGCCCUACAGUUCUCUCCUUCGAUACUAAGGGCCGCCUGAUUAAGUUUGAGACCUGGCUCGAUGAUCUGCACCUGUUCCUCCAGCUCACUGCCAGGGAGGAUGUCUCGCUGUACGAUCAUGCACUAGGCAAAGCUACUGCCCCUGCUACUGAUGCUGACGCCACUACCCGCUCCCAGUGGCAGACUCGUGACGCCCACGCUCGCUUCGCUAUUCGCAACUCCCUGCCUGUAGAUGAGCGCGAGCACUUCGGCCAGCACAGGACUGCCCAGGCACUGUACACUGCUGUAGUUGCGCGCUACUCCUCCCCAGCCUCUGCUGCGCUAGGCCGUCUCUCGCUUCCCUACCUGUUCCCUGACCUGUCCGCCUUCCAGACAGUCGCUGACCUCAUCACGCACCUCCGCACUAAAGAGGCCCGCUUCCGUGCCGCUAUGCCUGCUGAGUUUCUUGCCUCCAACCCUCCCCCGCUCUGGCUCACUCUCUACCACCUAGUUACCCGCCUCCCUGACACUCUACGUACAGUCAAGGACAGCUUCCUAGCCCGCUGCCCCACUGAGCUCACCAUUGCCACCCUUGAGAAGGAACUCCUUGCAGCUGAGAAGAGUAUUGUAGCUGUAGGUGCCUCUCGUGGUGACCCCCGCACCCCUUUCUUCGAGGGGUGUUCCCCCUCCCCCCUGCUCCCCUCUGUCGCCUCUGCUGCUGCUGUCGACCUCCUUGGUGCUGAGCAGGUCGGGUCUGCGUCCGCUCCCAGCGGGCGCCGCAGCGGUAGGGGCAGGGGAGGCAAGGGCGGUGGGGGUGAUGGCGGGGGAGGCGGUGGUGGGGGUGGUGGCGGCGGUGGGGGCCGUGGCGGGGCUGGAGGGGCUAGUGGCAGCGGUGGGGGUGGUGGAGGCAGCGGCGGCGGCGGUGGCCGGGGUGGGGGCGGUGGUGGUGGCGGCGGAGGACGUGGCGGCGGCAGGGGCGGUGGUGGUCGUGGUGGCGGCGGCGGUGGUGGUCGUGGAGGCUCUGGCACUGGCCAGAGCACGCAGCACCCUCAGUCCUCCCAGGAGCUUCGUGAGUGGUACUUACAGCACGGGGGUGGGGGGGGUAGCCUUAGCUGCACGUACGUCAUCCGCACUGGUCGCCGCAAGGGACAGACGUGCGGGAGGGCGCACACUGCGCAGCGCUGCUUCUCUCGCCUAGAUGAUGCUUGGCGUACUCAGUUUCCUGACGCUCCUGAGCUCCCUCAGUGGGCUGAUCUCCUCAAGAAGGAUAUCGAUAUCUAUGCUCUUGAUUUUGAUGUUAUUCUCAAAGCCAUGUAUGCAUUGACUAUUAGUGGAGAGGAGGACCAGUACCUGUGUGUUCCGCCUGACCCAGGCAUCCGCACGAGUGAGGCUGCUGCCCUACGUGCUUGCGUGUCUGCUGCCCCAGGUGCUGGUGAGGCUACUGCUCUAGGUGCUUGUGUGUCUGCCACCCCAGGUACUACUGAGUCCACUGAGGCACUGCACACCUUCACUCUAGACUCAGGCGCUUCGCGCUGUUUCUUUCGUGACCGCACUGCUCUUGAGCCCCUUGCUCGACCAGUCGCUGUCUCGCUCGCUGACCCCUCUGGGGGUCCGGAUGGGGGUGUUCACCAGUUCACCCCUGCCUACGAGCGUGUGACACACUGCACGUGUGCUCGGACGGGCCGUCACCUGGCUACCUUCACUCGGCAGCCGGGGUCGGACCUGUACACACUGACCACUGAGUCCCCUCAGGUAGCGGCGUCUGCGUCUGCGUUUGCGUCAGGUCAGCUGUCUGCCCCCUGCUCGUGUCGCUCUCUAGCGCACAAGACUGUCCUCUGGCACCACCGACUUGGUCACCCGUCAGUGCAACGCCUUCGGGGCAUGCACUCCCGGUACCUUGUCUCUGGUCUUCCUCGGGUACUCCCUCCCCUCCCACCCUCCCUUGCUCCUCCUUGUCUUCCCUGUGUCGAGGGGCGGCAGCGCGCUGCCCCUCACUCCUCCUCGUUCCCCCCGACGACUGCUCCUUUGCAGACGCUCCACAUGGACGUGUGGGGCCCAGCCCGCGUCCGUGGUCAGGGCCAGGAGAGGUACUUCUUGAUCGUCGUUGACGACUACUCGCGCUACACCACGGUCUUCCCCUUGCGCGCCAAGGGUGAAGUCCCUGAUGUUAUGAUCCCUUGGAUCAGCAGAGCACGUCUUCAGCUGCGCGAGCGUUUUCGCUCGGAGUUUCCUGUCCUGCGCUUGCACUCUGACAGAGGUGGUGAGUUCUCCUCCGACCUCUUGGCAGCCUACUGUGCCGAGCACGGCAUUCGCCAGUCGUUCACGCUUCCGGCCUCUCCACAGCAUAAUGGGGUUGCUGAGCGCCGCAUUGGCUUGGUCAUGGAGGUCGCUCGUACCUCCCUAGUCCACGCGGCUGCCCCCCACUUUCUGUGGCCGUUUGCGGUCCGGUACGCUGUGCAUCAGCUCAACCUCUGGCCCCGUGUCUCCGCUCCGGAGACCUCGCCCACACUGCUGUGGACGGGGGAGGUUGGCGAUGCGUCACGCUUCCGAGUCUGGGGAUCCCGAGCUUUUGUUCGCGACACGUCUGCGGACAAGCUCUCCUCCCGCACUGCUCCGUGUGUCUUUCUUGGCUUUGUCCCGGAUGCGUCUGGCUGGCAGUUUUACCACCCUGCCUCGCACCGCGUCUUCCCCUCUCAUGACGUCACUUUUGACGAGUCCGUGCCCUUCUACCGCCUCUUCCCCUACCGCACUGCCCCGCUCCCUCCCCCGCUCUCUUCCUCGCGCCAGGUGCUGCAGUGGUAG